GUUGUGUUGGAAUGUCUUAUAUGUAUUGGAGACAUUGUGCUUAUAAUUACUAUAACUAACGAAGAUAAAAAACUUACAGGGCUUAACCGAUCCUGGAUAGCUACCAAUUUCCAAUUUAAACGAAACAGACGAGGUGGUCUCAAUUUGCUUUACCAUGGAUAUAUGUAUACAGCGGAAAGAAGAUACAAUUCAACAAUAAAUUGGGUGUGCAGUAAAAAUAGUAGCCAUACAUUACGUUGUCCAGCGCGCUGCAUCACAUCUGGUCAAAGUAACAUUAAAUUAAGCCAAAGAUGUCAUAAUCAUUCUCCAAUUAGUUGAAGCCGGCCCUAAACUUCCGGUUCAAUAUAUACGUUCACGUCGUGGAACGCAUCUUGUGCUAUAUGAAUUUAAUACAUACACUCCGAAUGAGAAAGUACGCGAUGGACGUUUUUCGAGAGAUUGGAAAUGCUCUAUGUAUCAUAAGGCGAAAUGUCGCGCUAGACUUGUAACAAAACACACAGUAACCGGCGAUGUAAUCCACGUAACUUCAGCCAUACAUACACACAAACCAAUGUACACUACUGCUGAA